AUGCAGCACGACAAGGACGAUGCCGAGUGGGAAUGCAUCGGCACCUCCGAGCCGUCGAAGUCCGCCGAUUGGGGCAAGGUCAUAGGCCAUGGUCUACGAUCUGCACAGUUCCACUCGACGCUAUCUGGCGAGCUCAUGGUGUGCCUCGCAUACUACAAAGAGGGCCUGCAGUGUCUGAAGCGUGGCGAGACACUUCCUGACGAGGACGGGGAGAGCUUUGCAAGCUCUUCCAGCUCGAAGAUGUGGCUUGCUGCUGCAGAGGACUUCAAGGCUUUAUUGCAUCAAGGCGUUGCAGCAGCUGGAGUUUCAGGAGCCGUCAUCGACGUGGUGGGGCGCUGGAAAAGGCGGCGCCUCGUCUUGUCGCGGGACUUCGUGAAGGAGUCGCUGGAGUUGGAGGAUGGCAGAAAGCUGAUCUACAAACAACCAGAGGGACAGUUUUCGAAUCCGAAUCCAUCGUGCGAGAUACACUGCUUGAACUGGCUUUGCCAAGAGGCCAAAGAAGCCGGGAAGACGGUGCGUGGCAGGAAAAGCCCAGCGCUGCUGGAACUCCACUGUGGAGGUGGCAACAAUACUGUGGCAAUGGCACCGUACUUUGGUGAAGUGACAGCAGUGGAGAUCAAUCGACAAUUGGCCGAAGCUGCCGAGGAGAACCUCAGCAUGAACCAGAUCAAGAAUACAUCUGUCAAGAGGGCUGCCAGCGCCGAUAUGAGCGCAGCUGCGUUUGCUGAGUAUGAUGUGGUGAUGGUGGAUCCACCUCGCGUAGGCCUUGAUGCGGACACUCGUGAUCUUGUGGCCAAAUUCGAUCAGAUUCUGUACAUAUCUUGCAACCCGCUCGCUCUUGCACACGACUUGGACUGCUUGGGCACAGGCUUUGAGGUAGUUUCCCUUGCCAUCUUUGACAUGUUCCCGUACACCAGCCAUGCGGAGUGUGCCGCUCGCAUCCGCCGCAGACGGGCGGAAGUUCGUGUGGCCUUCGAUUGGGCUCCAGCGCUGCGGCGGGCCAUGAUGUUGGUGCUUCUAGCUAUAGGUGCCUUCUAUGGCUGGUGGAAGAAGCGAACUCGUCGUCGUUGA